UGCCCGCAUCGACACUCGACACGCACCGCCCCCGCCACCACCACAAGCUGCGGCUCACGGCUACGCAGCCCGCUCUCCCGCGACUCCCCCGUCCCCUCCUCCUCCUCUCCUUCCUACUAGCACCUAGAGUUUCGCCCGAAUCGAUCGCCGACUGACUCCGCUAGGGUUCGGCCCGAUCGCCACUUCGUCCUCCCGGCUCCCGCGGGGACCCGUCGCCGCGAUGUCUGACCGGAGCUCGUCGGCUGGGCCGACGUUUUUCCCCUUUGGCCCGCAGGCCGAGGCGUGGGACGUCACCUUCAAGGUCAAAUAUGGUGAUACUCUCAAAAGGUUUUAUGGUUGUGCCAAUGGGAAUCAUUUUGACAUGAAUUUGUCUGCUCUGCGGGCAAAGAUAGCUACUGCCUUUAAGUUUGGUUCUGAUGCUGACUUCAUUCUGACUUACACUGAUGAGGAUGGGGAUAUUGUCAUGCUAGAUGAUGAUGAUGACUUGCGUGAUGCAGCUCUGCGUCAGAAAUUAAACCCUCUGAGGAUUACUGUUCAACUGAAGAAAAAUCAACCAACUGAUAAAAAAGAUGUCUCUGCACCUGUGAAACCCAUUACUCAGGAUUCACUAUCCCAGAUAAUGUCAGCUAUUGAAUUUUUGAAGCCUGUCCAGGAAGAUAGUCUUGCUCAUAUAAAAUCAGCUAUUGGUGAAGCAAUCAAGUCUGUCCCAGAGCCAAUACCUGAUGCCCUUGCAAAACUUUCUCAUGAAAUACUUGAUGCAGCACCACCACCAUUAGCUGAGUUGAUGAAACCUUUUGCACAAUUGAUGGCACCAAACAAUAAUGGCAAUGGGCCAUCUGAUGUGCAUGCUGAGGGGUCAUCUACCUCUUCCAGUGGUGUGACACAGACACCGGCGCCGGCACCGGCACCGGUGCCGGCCGAAGCUAAAAAUGAGCCCAAAGUUACGCCAAGUUUGGGUCUUAGGGCUGUGUUCAAGGAGGCUGCUUCUCCUGUUCCUAAUGCUGGAGCUUCUCAAGUUCAACAGCCAUCAAUGUACCCAUCUGUUGAGGAGUUGCUGUUCCCCCGUAAUUCAGUAGACAAACCUGUCUGCAAAGGGAAGACUGAUGCUCAAAGUAAGGGAAAAUCUGUUAUGUCCUCACUUACCCAACCUGCCCCUUACUCUCUACCUACUCAUGCCCCACCUCCGCCGCCUCCAUGCAUUUCAGAAUGGUCCCGACCACGAAGAAGUUUACAACACCCAUGGCAAUAUGAAGACAAUGCAAAAGCCACUAGUGAUUCUAGAUGGCGCAUUCCAAUGUACAAAAUGCCCUAUGCACCACCUCCUCCAGCAGUGCCACCUCCAGGCUAUGGACCUUCUCCACAUUUUCCUUAUCCAGGCCGCCUCUUGUCUUCGGGACAUCCAUACGGAGAUCUUGCUGGUAACAUGGAAAACUCAGCACAACGUAGUCUGCAUAGAUGGAUUCAGUGUGAUGGUUGUGGAGUGCAACCAAUUGUUGGUCCGCGUUAUAAAUCUAAUGUGAAGGAAGACUAUGAUUUAUGUGAUUCCUGUUUCCAACGCAUGGGAAAUGAAAUGGAGUACACCAAAAUAGACAAACCUAUUUCACCCCACAAGUUUCUCAGAGAUCCUCAUGCGACCCGAAAGGUGCACCACACACGGGUUCUAAUGAAGUCAAAACGGGAGAAACUUGAAAGUCGCUUCAUUUUGGAUGUAACUGUCCUUGAUGGGACACUGAUGACACCUUCUACCUCGUUCACUAAGAUUUGGCGCAUGCAUAACAAUGGGUCUGUUGUGUGGCCACUUGGCACACAGCUUAUCUGGGUUGGUGGAGAUCAGUUUGCAUUGCAGUCAUCUGUUCCGUUAGAGAUUCCUGUGGAUGGCUUUCCUGUGGACAAAGAGAUUGAUGUUGCUGUUGAUUUUGUGGCACCUAGAAGGCCAGGGAGAUACAUAUCAUACUGGAGGUUGGCUUCACCUUCUGGUCAGAAAUUUGGUCAGCGAGUUUGGGUUCAUAUCCAGGUGGAAGACCCUUCUUUUGUUAAUGACAAUAACAGGAGUGCUGCUAUUAAUCUGAACCUGCCUCCAGAGAGCAAUAGUGCAAACACAACCAAUUUAAUUGAUGUGAACAUUGAGCCUGUUGACUCAGCCCUUACUGCCAAACGCACAAAAGAGUUCCAUUUCUGUUCAACUGAUGUUUCUGGGCCCAAGAAAUCUCUGCCUGCCACGUUGGUUGCUACCUCUUCGUCUGCAGCAGCUCCUGCAAACCCAACCGGUGAUGUUCCCAUGUCCAGUGCACCUGCUGCUGCUUUUGUGCCCUCUGUUAAUGUGCCUAUGCCUGAAGUUGUAACUCAUACACCAUCACCUGCUAUGCCCGUGCUGCCUACAACUAUACCUAUGUCAGCUCCAGUAUCUGCGCCUGCAAUUGCCCCUGUGUCUGCAUCUGGGGCUGUGCCUGCGCCUCCACCUGUUAGUGCCGUGGUUCCUGAGCUGUCCGACCUAGAUGUUCACAAUGAGGAGAAGUUGCUGAGGGAGCUGGAGGAAAUGGGCUUUAGGCAGAUCGAUCUCAACAAAGAAAUCCUUAGGCAGAACAAUUACAACCUGGAGCAGUCUGUUGAUGACCUAUGUGGCGUCAAUGAAUGGGAUCCACUCCUUGCAGAGUUGGAAGAGAUGGGAUUUGAUGACACAGAGGUGAACAAGGAGCUGCUUGCGAAGAACGGAGGAAGCAUCAAGCGAGCUGUGAUGGACCUGAUUGCCAGGGAGAAAAAGGACAAGUGAAGAUCGUGUGCCAGUGUGCGCUGUGUGCACAUAGCUAUCUAGACCUAGUAUAUAUGGGUAAAUAAUGAGACGGCUGUGCCAUUGUGGUGCAGCCCUAGUGCGUCUCAGAGCUUGCUUAUGGUGAACUGUUCGUGCUUGCGUGUGGUGUCGAUGAACUCUAGUAUGUGCGCGUGUGCCUCAGCAUUUCUUUAUGUGUCUGUCGUGCGUGCGGUGUCGAUGAACUCUAGUAUGUGCGCUCGUGCGCCUCAGUAGUAAACCUUGGCAUGCCCCAGGUAUACUGCUUCUGCUUGUAUGAUAUGAUGCGUGGACCAAUGUUUGAUGCUUGUGCUCUCGCCCUUAUAAUGUAUUCCCUUCAUUCCAAA